AUGGCCGUCACCACCAAGAAGAACUUUUCACGAAACCGGGCCAUCGGGCCUCACGUGAACCGACUCAGCAAGUCGCAACUGUACACCAAGAAGGCUCUUUACAAGCGCCCUCACAAGGCAAUCCCAAGCACUAAAGCCCCUGAAGUUGAUUACGCAGCUGCUAAGACUGUGAAGGUUGGAGGUGCCAAGAACGGUGGCGAGCGUCUUGUUCCCGUUCACAAGGCCCCCCGUUUUUAUCCCACGGAAGUACAAUCAAAGCCCAAGAAGCCCCGCAAAGCCCACCGUGCUCCAGGUCUACGCUCCACACUGACUCCUGGCACUGUCAUUAUCAUCCUUGCUGGUCGUUUCCGCGGCAAGCGUGCCGUGUUUCUGAAGCAACUCGAAAGUGGCCUUCUCAUGAUCUCCGGCCCCUUCAAGCUGAACGGCGUCCCUCUGAGACGUGUCAACCAAGCUUACGUUAUCGCCACACAAACAAAGGUCGAUAUUUCUAGCAUGAAGCUUGAUGCAAAGUUCAACGAUGUAUAUUUCGCCAAGGAGAAGAAGACCCGAUGCCAGCGGGCCGAAGCUAAAGAAUUCUUCGCCGAAAACGGCGAGCGGGAGAAGAAGAAAUGCCCUGACAGCCGAAUUGCUGACCAAAAGACCGUUGAUAAAUCUCUAAUUGCUGCCAUUGUACAAACCCCCGUGCUUGCCAAGUACUUGGCGACUCCUUUUGGUUUAUCUAACGGCGAUUUCCCUCACCGCAUGAAAUUUUGA